AUGUCCGAACAAACAGUCAACAUCCCACAACUCAUCAUCAUAAUCUUGGUUGGAGCAUUCGCUAUACGAUAUCUGUUUUUCUCUGGCACAAACACCGCAACGUCUGGUGCAAAUCGCAAUAGCGCAAACAAUAUACGAGCGCGAGAGGCAGACGUAGAGCGUAUACAGCAGAUGUUUCCACAGGUGUCGAGGAGGAGUAUCAUGUGGGAUUUACAGCGGAAUGGAGGGAAUGUGGUGGCUACUACGGAGCGGAUAUUGAGUGGUAGAGGCUUGGAAGUUAUUUACCCGCUUUCCAUGGCAUCCUAUGUACCUCCGCUAACACACACCACCAAGCCUCCCCAAUCUUUCCAACCUCCUCUUCCAGUAACUCCCACCGCCUCCUCAGCCUCGGUUCAGUCAUCUAAGCCCAUUCAACCUGAUCUAAUAACGCGAUACAAUUUGAGAGCGAAGCUAGCAGAAGAACAAGUGGAGAAACGAGAAGCCGAGGCCCUAGCAGCCAGCGAGACGGAAUCGAAAAAUAACCAAGGAGGAAAGGUACAGGCAUGGAGUUCUAACAAAAAUGAAAGACAGGCGCUUUUGCAGAAGAGGAGAGAGGAGAUGAUCCUAGCGGCGAGGAGGAAAAUGGAGGCGAGAGUCGCGGAGGAGGUUAACAAAGGUGGUGGUGCAUAG